GAAACUGGUACCUUUUCACUUCAUUCUUCCAGUAGCUACAACGUCGUUCGUUACAUCAUUUGAAGGAUAAGAUAAAAACUAGUGAUCUGUGAUUGCGUGUCAUCGUUCGUGUCUCGAAAACAUUCGAUUAUUAAUCAGGAAAAACAAUAGAUGGUUGUUGAGUUGAUGCAUAUCUUGACACUUUCAUUUGCGAACAAGUUGGCUACUGAUUUUCUUCUAAUUACCCAAAAGUGAGAAUGGACAAGAGUGAAAACUGAUCGAGAAAGUUUCAAUGAAGAUAAAUGUAUGGCGUGAAUUGCUUUCAUUGCUCCAGGUACUCGUGAUUGCGUCAUAUAACACACGUGACGAUAUUCCAAAACAACGUUGUCUAUCCCACUCGGCGGUUGGCAGCAGUUGUGUUUGCUGAGACACAAGGUGUUCUUUAUCUCCUGCCACUCAAAUCACAAUGACAUUUAUUUUAAUGGUUUUGUCUCUGUCUUUUGGAAUUGCUGUCGCUGAUGUUAAACUUCCAGUACCGCUUGCAUUCCGUACAGCACCCAAUCCGCAGGAUAACUAUUGUAAUCCAUUACGGCCACCUGCGUGUGUUGACAGCAGGUUCGGUUUUUGCAUAAGUGACGAUGAUUACCCAGUGGAUCACAUUCAGGCGGCCGUUGAGUAUUCCGAAUUAGCCAAGAAAUUCAGUUACAAAACAGUUCCAAGGGAAGAGAGUGUCCGUCGUCCCGUACGGUUGAGCCAGGGGAAUAAUUGCAUAUCGACCAAUCUUCUGCUCAAACCGAUCCAAAUGCCCAAUCUGAAUGGAAACUGGCGUGUCAUUGUCCAGGACACGAAAGGAAUUAUUCAACGUGAACGAAUCGUUGCUUGCUCCCGGCCGGGGGAUUUCUGUCACGUUCCAGAACAUCCGUUCGGCGGAUGUCACGAAAGCCGCUGCAGCCAGAAAUUUGUUGUUGGAGAACUGUUAGCUUACGAUCCAUGCGCUCCUUCCCGUGGUGUCUUUGUCGAUUCUUUUAAAAUGCAAUCGGCCUGUAAUUGCCUCCUAUCCCGUUCCAAAUGUUGAAUAAAAUUCAAUAGCCUCA